AUAUUCUGACAUAUUAUUAUACGUAAAAUAAUAAAUGAAAUUAGAAAUAAUGACGAACAAUAGCUUGGAAGAUGGAUCGAUGUAUAACGUUAGCUAGCUUGACAUUAUUUUAUUUAUUCGUUGCAUCGAAUAAUUUGAUCGGUUAGUGGUGAUUUAUUAAGAAGAAUUUCUGACAAAUUCGGAGAGGAUGCUGCCAAAGAAGAAGGAGUGCCAACAACAAGUGGAGCCUUAUGCUCUCGAAGAUAUGAUAUCGGAUUUACAAGCAAGAAGAAGUUCACUCGAUCACGAGGACACUCUUCAAGAUCCAAGUGAACUUUUGAAGCAACGUGAAAGGGAUCUUGUUCUCGCCGCUGAACUUGGCAAGGCCUUGCUCGAAAGAAAUCAAGAAUUAACCAGGCAAAGCGAGUUAUUAGCCGAAGAAUAUGCCGCCAAACUGGAGGUGAGUCAGAUUAGUCUCGAGCAGGAGAGGCAUUUGUUACGUAGGAGAUUGGAGGAAACUAAAGGCGAAAGCGAAGCUAGAGUUAUCGAGCUUCAAACCGAUUUAGAAACAUUAAGAGCUCAGUUGGAGGAACAAAACGAACGAGCUAGACGAGCUGAACGCGACCAGGCCACCUUGGUGACAGAAUUGACAGCGCAGAACGCGAGAUUAGCCGAUCAGUUGAGGGAGGCUGCCAAACAGGAGGAACAAUUGUUCCUCGAAGUUAAAUUGCUACGUGACAAGUGUGCACACAGAAACAACACUCUCCAAAAUCAUGUUAGUAGUUUGGAGAUUUUGCGGGAUGAGGUACAAUUGGUAUCGGCUCAGAGGACGGAAUUAGAGAGGAGGUCCUUGGAAUUACGAGAGGAGAGAGCCAGGGCGGUCGCGGCCCUCGAAGAAGCCGAGGAGAGAGCUGCGGCCUUGGAACGACUUGGCCACGAGGCUGAACAUCGAGCUAGGCUAGCAGAACAAGAGAGAGACGAGUUGGCAGCAGCCUUAGCAGCGAUCGAAGUUGAAAGAAGAGGGAGAUCGGGAUCGAUUCAAAAACCACCAAGGUCCCUGCAAGUCGAGAUGGAGUGCGAAGAAAGCGGAAGUUCGUUGGGUGAACAGGAAGACCUCAGAUCGGAAGUUACAAGGGCAGUUAAGCGACUAAAGGAGUUGUGCGUUCAUUUGCGUAGAGGAGAGGACGACUCGGGUUUGCAGAGCGACUGCGACGAGUCUAUGCUUGUCAUUACGAACAAUACCGAAGCUGAGGUCAACUAUCCGGGAGCUUUAACGGAAUUAGUAGAAGAGGUCUACAACCUGGCGUUAUCGGGUCGAGGUGCUCCAGGUGAAUUAGGCCUAGCUGUGGAAUUACACCGAGUUAGAGAAGAAUUAAAUCACAUGAAAGAACAGUUAAAACAAUCUCAAGAAGAGUUGAAACGUCGUGGGGAGACGUUGCUCGAGACAACGAGCAAACUCAGCGUUUGCGAAGCUGAGCUCAGAGGUGUUAAAGAAGAACGUGACAGAGCGCGAAACGACAUGGAACAUACGCAAUUAACAAAGGACGAAGUCGUAGCUCAAGCUUAUCAAGUUAGAGAUCAAGCGGUGGCAAGAAAGAACAGAGCAGAAGUAGAAUUAGCCAGAACGAGGAUAGACGUUCUUCAAGCGAACAGUCAACUGAUGGAGGCUAUCCAGCAAAAGGUUGAGCUCAGUCAGCAAUUGGAACAGUGGCAGAUGGACGUUCAAAUUUUAUUAGAUGAACACGUUCGUAGUAAACUUACACCUAAUUCUAAUACAAUUACUCCAGUAAAUAAGGAAUCUUCCGAGGUGGUUGCACCUGCUAGGAAGAAAAGGAGUAACAGCUCGUCUAAAAAAAUGUUUGGACUGUUUUGACGAAGGAGAAAUUAAAGGUGUCCAUUUUUUGACACACCUUACGGCGCAUAGUUUUUUUAAUGAAUGAUUACUUCGAUCGAAGUAGCAAUUUUGUCGAUAAUUCGCGGAGGAAAAGAACUGUUUUUCUCAUUUUCUAUAUAUAUAUAUAUAUAUAUGAGGACUGAUUCCCAUCAAUCUCCGUCCGUUUAUUUCUUCUAGAACUAUUGAACAUUAUAGCCCAAUGGGUUGAACGAUCUCGAAUUUGUGUAUAUAGAUAUAUAUAUAUAUAUCGUUUCUUAUUGAUGAAGUCAGUUAAAAGGAUGAAAUUAGAGUGUGAUUUAUUAGGAAAAAUGAUUAGCAAGUGUUGUUUGGCCAGUGUACUUAAAAUUUUUAUUAAUUAUCAUCAUCAUUAUUAUUAAUAUCCGUCCAAACUGGACUAUUGAAGUGAAUCAACGAAUUUUUUGUCGAGUGAAAUUUAAAAGACAAUAGACGAUCGUGUGCAAUAAGAUAGGUUUUCAUAAAAUUAUUUAAAGUUUGCUAAUAAAUAUUAGAUGCAUAUCAGAGUGUGUAUCCAUAACGUGUAAUUCACUAUCCGGAUAUAUUGAGAAACGAGGAGUAUUUAUUUAAUAAAAUCAUGCUGUCUUGCGAAUUUAUUAUUACGCAAAAUUACCUUUACACGAAUAAGAGUAUUGGGGUAGGUAUGACAAAUAAUAUAUAAGAGCUUUUGAAAAGAAACAAAUAGGCAUUUAUUCACAAGAGGCAGGUGUAGUAGUUACAUUAGUUCAUUUCAUUUCUGUCGCUUUUACAUGCAUAUGCAUAUGUCCGGCACAAUACGGCAUGCACAAUACAUAUGUACACACAUAUAUAUAUAUAUAUAUAUAUAUAUAUAUAUAUACGCGGCAAUCUCCACACAUUUUUUUUUUAUAUCCAUAAUUUCUUUUUAUUAAUAAUAAUAAUUAUCGAUCGAUCCAACUACGCGAUACAAAUUGGGCAUGAACAAUUGGGAGCAGGUGCAUAUAAACUGGUUUUUUUUUUUUUUAUAUUAUCUCCUUA